UAUAUGAGAGGAAGUGAUGGAGAGCUCAAACCGUCGGGCGUUCUCAAGCAAAACCCUUUGUUGAAGAAUUUGGUGAAUCCAUUCCUGUUUGCUCAUCGAGGUCGCAUGCGGAGGCGUUACGGCGGGGUGAUCUAGGGUUAGGCCAUGGAAGGACGGGAAAAUAAUGAUCAGGUGGCGGAUAUGGUGGAGGCCGUAGAUUCUUCGACCGACGUGAAUAAACCCUAUGAACUCGGGACGAAGGAGGAGGAGGAAAAAUCGAAGAUUGUUGUUGCAGGGAACGAAAGCGAGGAAGAAUGCGUGGCGGUUAAGGAAUUUGUUGAAUCGAGUGUGGAUGUCUGUAUGGAAAGCGGUGAUACGGCGGCGCAAGGCGGUAUGGUGAUGGCUGGGGAGGCUGGUUUCGAGGAAAACCGUGCGGCGAUGGAGGAGGGUUCGCGAUUUGUUGUAAAGCCCGUGGCGCUGGAAGGCGGGGGCGAGAUUGUUGGUGCGCGGAGUGUUGAUCCGUCGGCUGAAGUUGAAGUCGAGGAAGAUGCCGAGAGUAUUGGAGAUGGCGAUAGGGUUGCGCAAGUGGAUGUAUUAUUAGUCGAACCAAAACGCGAUAUGAUAGCCGAGCAAGAGAAGACACCAGCGGUGGACGCCAAGUUGGAUAUGAUUGCUGGUGAUACAAGCAAUCUGCUGAUUGAUUCUGCUGUGGAUGCUGGAAGGGAUGAUUUGGUCAACCCACAUCUUACAGUGACGCCUGAGGAAGAAAUAGUUACGGUAAUUGAUGGUAAGGUAGAUAUAGUUAUUACUGAUGCAGGUGAUGAGGAAAAGUCAUAUGAUUUUCCAAUGGAUACAAGAGAGGAUGAAUUGCAGGUAAUUACACAAGUGGAUUCCAGAAAGGAUGAUUCAGUAAGUGCACAUCUUACCGGGAAGCCUGAGGAGCAACUAGCAGCUGUAAUUGAUUGUAAGGAAGAUGUGAGUGGUGAUGAAAAGCCAAAUGACGGGAGAGGGGGUGCAUUCGAGGGAAUGGAUCCAUUGGAUUAUAAAUCUGAGAGGGGUGCUGAUGAUGUUGAGUCAGUUAAAGAGAUGAUAGGAAUGGCUCGAGAGUUGGUGGAUGGUUUGACAGUAGAGACCUCAGGCAAAAUGGAUAAUGAGAAAGCUGGUGUUUUGGCUAAUGAUUCAGAUAUUGGGACAGCUGAAAGACCAAGUGAUGAGGUGGGGGAAAAACUCAAUGAGAAGGCUGGUGUUUUGGCUAAUGAUUCAGAUGUCGCGACAGAUGAAAGACCAAGUGAUGAGGUGGGGGGAAAACUCGAUGAGGAGGCUGGUGUUUUGGUUAAUGAUGCAGAUGUUGUGACAGCUGAAAGACCAAGUGAUAAGGCGGAGGAAAAACUCGAUUUGAUGAUUACUGAGGAUGAUCCAGUCUCUGGAGACUUAAAGAUUGAAACUGAAGUUAAUCCAUGCGCAGAUAAUAGUAGCCAACAAGAACAAGUUAAUGAAUUUAGUGGUUCUGUGCAAUUUGUUGGUGAUGAUGUUCUAAGUAGGAAUGCUGAGAAUAACGUGGUGGACUGUGUAGAGGGUUUGGAUUCUGGGAAAAGUAUUGCGGAGGAUAAGGACAUUGGUGUGGAGUUAUUGAAGGAUUCUGAAUUAGAUGUAUCUUUGAAUAUGGAAGAGAAUUUGCAGGAAAGGUUAGAGGAUGCAGCAGUAAAGGAAGAAGCUUCAACUGGAGACUACAGAGAAGCAACAGGGGUGGGAGUUGAGUUGGAGUCCAAGGACAUGAGUACAGAGUUAAUGAAAGAUUCAGAAUUAGAUGAACCUGUGAAUGUGCCAGAAAAGGUGUCGAAUGCAGCAGUGAAGGAAGAUGUUUCAGCUGGGGACUUUAAAAAAGAAACAGAUGUGGGGGUGGAGUUGGAGUCUAAGGACUUGGAGUUCUUAGAGAUGUCCAAAUUUGAUGAACCUGUGAAUGUGCAGGAAACUUUGGAGAAUGCAGGAACAGGAGAAAAAGCUUCGACUAGGGAUAUUGUAAAGGAAUUGGAGUUAAAGAGUGUUUUGAUGGAGGGAAUUCAACCUGCAGAUGCUGUGGUGGGUGCUGAAGGGGGUGUUGAAAUGGACCAAGUGGUAGCUCAUAAAGGCAGGGACGACGAUGGAACCACAGAGAUGGAGGAGACACCAAGCGAUGUGGAUGGACCUGGCCAGGACAGUUAUGACUCACCGACUGCUCCACAAGAUGAGGAAGAUGACAAAAUGGUCACUGAGGAGGAGAUAGGUACACAGGACGUGGCAAUGGAGAUGGAAACAGAUAUUAAUGAUUCAGGGAAGACAUCUGGAGGGAAGCGAAAAAGAGGAAAGGUUUCAAAAGGUUCAGCUUCCAAAGCUACCGGAAAGCCUUCAAGGAAGAAGGUUGGAGAAGAUGUAUGUUUCAUUUGUUUCGAUGGUGGCGAACUUGUGAUUUGUGACCGGAGAGGCUGUCCAAAGGCUUAUCAUCCUUCAUGUGUCAAUCGUGAUGAGGCAUUUUUCAAAUCUAAGGGUCGCUGGAACUGCGGUUGGCAUUUGUGCAGCAGUUGUGGGAAGAAUGCCCAGUAUAUGUGCUAUACUUGUCCUUUCUCCUUGUGCAAGAGUUGCGGCAAAGAUGAAGCAUUCUCGUGUGUCAGAGGAAAUAAAGGAUUUUGCGAAACCUGCAUGAGAAUUGUUACGCUUAUUGAAAACGAGCAGACACUUAAAGAUAGUGAAAUAGAUUUUGAUGACAAGAAUAGCUGGGAGUAUCUCUUCAAGGAUUAUUUCAUAGAUUUAAAAGCUAAGCUCUCUCUCUCUUCAGAAGAGAUUGCUGAGGCUAAGAGUCCUUGCAAAGGAGCAAACAUCUCUGGCCCCAGCAAACAAGAAUCAUCAGAAGUGCGAGCUGAUGCUAAUGAUGGAGGAUCUUGUUCGGAUGACCCAACUGAAAAUGUAGAACCUACCCGACCGAAAAGAAGAAGGGUAAAGAAACAAUCCAAAUCCCUUAGCAAAGAAGAGGAAUUGACCAGUACUAAUGUUGAAGCUGGGGAUAAAGCUGUUGUUUUAGCUGAAAACCCGGAGUGGGCAUCAAAAGAGCUUCUUGAGUUUGUUUCACACAUGAAAGAUGGUGACACUGCUGUUCUCUCUCAAUUUGAUGUACAAGCUCUUCUACUUGAGUAUAUCAAAAGAAACAAAUUACGUGAUCCUCGUCGGAAAAGUCAAAUUAUAUGUGAUGCUAGGCUUGAAAAUUUGUUUGGGAAGCCACGAGUUGGACAUUUUGAAAUGUUGAAACUUCUCGAAUCACACUUCCUUGCAAGGGAUGAGCAGAAUGAUGAUGUUCAAGGGAGUGUUGUUGAUGCAGAAAAUAACAUUGUUGAUGUUGAUGCCAAUGCUGACCCCCUGACAAAGGAUGGGAAAGAUAGGAAACGUAAAUACCGCAAAAAGGGCAGCAGUCGGGGGCCUCAGUCUAAUCUUGAUGAUUAUGCUGCUAUCGACAUGCACAACAUUGGUUUAAUUUACCUGCGACGAAAGUUGAUGGAGGAUUUACUUGAAGACAUUGAAUCAUUUCAUGAUAAAGUUGUUGGAACAUUUGUACGAAUAAGAAUUUCUGGGAGUACCUCAAAGCAAGACUUGUAUAGACUAGUUCAAGUUGUUGGCACAAGUAAAGGGCCAGACUCAUACAAGAUUGGAAAGAAAAACACUGACAUUAUGGUGGAGAUACUCAAUCUAGACAAGACUGAACACAUUUCCAUUGACACAAUUUCAAAUCAAGAGUUUUCAGAGGAGGAAUGCAAGCGGCUUCGCCAGAGCAUCAAGUGUGGAUUAAUCAGUCGAUUGACUGUGGGUGAGAUUCUUGACAAGACCAUGGAAUUACAAGCUGCCAGAGUCAAUGAUUGGCUGGAAUCUGAAACCAUGCGGCUUAGUCAUCUCCGUGACCGAGCUAGUGAUUUGGGACGUCGGAAGGAGCUCAGAGAAUGUGUGGAGAAAUUACAGCUUUUAAAGAAGCCUGAAGAGCGACAGCGUAGACUGGAGGAUAUCCCUGAGAUACAUGCAGAUCCAAAGAUGGAUCCGAGCUAUGAAUCAGAAGAUAAGGACAGUGAAAAUGAGGACAGUAGACAAGAUGCUUUCACAAGAUCUCGGGGUUCCAGUUUUAGCAGGAGGGGAAAGGUACCAAUGUCCCCUCGAAAUGAUUCUGUAAAAGAACCAUGGAGUGGUGCCGGAAAAGUGAGCAAAACUUGGGAACCAAGUAGAGAUCUGUCCAACAACAGUUUUUCAAUCACCACUGGACAUAAUGAUGAGGCAGUGAUUGAAACUUCAUCAACAUAUGGAAGAGACAGGGGAAGACACGAAUCAAGCAAUUUAGACAAGAUAAAUUCUAUUCCUAACUCUGAGCCAGCUGACUGGGCCAGGCACUCUGUAGCACGGCCUGAAUCGUCUUCUGGCAUGCCAUCUGUAACCUCUGGAGCAACUUCCGUGGCCAUGUUUGGCGAAAAUUAUGUUAAGAUAAAUGAAUCAGAAAAGAUGUGGCAUUAUCAGGAUCCUUCUGGAAAAGUGCAAGGACCAUUCUCCAUGGUGCAGCUGCGUAAAUGGAACAAUACAGGGUACUUCCCAUCUGACCUGAAAAUCUGGAGAACCAAGGAAAAGCAAGGCAAUGCCAUACUUCUGGCUGAUGCAUUGGCAGGGAAAAUUCCGAAAGUAUCGCCAUCUCUUGGUAAUACUCCUCUGGCUACCAAUAUCAUUCAAAGUUCACAUGCCUUGACUGGGGAUUCUAGCAAGGCUUCUGGAACAUUCUCGCGCCGGGAUAAAGAGAGACUAAAUGCAGAUCAAAUGCCGAAAUUGCCCACUGAAAAGCUGCUCGGUAACGACAUUCCGAACCUGCCUUCCCCUACUCCAAAAAUGACUAACAAUGCUUUCAUAGGAGUAGAAGGGGGUGUUCUCACAGGGGCUGUUCUCACAGGGGCUAUUCAAUCACCAAGUGGUGGUGGUGGUGGUGGUGGAGUGCUUUCGUCUCCUACUCCCAUUGCUCCCAACAUGGGGAUUCAUUCUUCUGCUUCUGCAUCGGUUUUGAGCUCUGUUCUACAGGCGGUUGCUUCAAGUUCGGUACCCACCCCUCAAACAGGAAGUCUGUCGGACGCUGCCGUUCCUUUACACGCUCAAUCAACUGCGGCAGGCGAACCUCCUAUGGUACAAAUGCACGGUAAUCCACAAGCUACUGUCCAGCCUGCUCAGAAUCUUCAAACCAACACUCAGGGUUGGGCUGCACAACCACAAGGUUAUGGUUGGAAUGCAUCUAAUGUUCAAAAUCCUUCCGGAAGUUUCUCUAAUUCGGGCACUCCAUCCGGACCUCAACCAGAUGUCUGGAGACCUCAGAACAGUCAACCAAGUAUGCAUCCUUCUCCUGCAGCGCCAGAUCCAUCCUGGGCAAUGGGGCCGGCCGGGAGCAAUGCAGCAGCAUCAAUGGGGGUGAGACCGGACAAUCCCAAUAUGGGCUGGGGUUCGAUGCCGGCAAAUCCCAACAUGGGAUGGGGUAAUCCACCAGCAGGAACUAUGAACAUGAAUUGGGGACCUGCCAUGCAAGUAGCACCCCCCGGAAAUACGCCUGGUUGGGUUGCUCCACCAGGAAAUACAGGACCCAAUGUCCAAGGGAUGGUGCCGGACCCUGGGUGGGCUCCUACUCAAAAUUGGGGUCCUCCACCUGUUCAAGGACAAGUGCCUGGUCCUGGGUGGGGGAUGCCAGGUGGGGGUACUGCAGGGGGGCCGGCGCCUCCUCCUCCAGCUCAAGGACCUCCACCCGGUAACGGUAACGGGUGGGGCCAUCCAAGUGGCAAUCCUGGGGGCCCAAUGCCACAAGGAAAUACAAAUCAGGGGUGGGGUCAGGCUGGGAACCAAGGUGUAUGGAAUGGGGAAGCAAACCAUAUGGGUGGUCAGUAUUCAGGCCAAAGGGGUCGAGACCCAGGAGGCUACAAUGGAGGCAGACCUUGGAACAGGCAGCAAUCUUUUGGCGGGGGUGGAGGUGGAGGUCCCAGACAUGGUAGGAAGCGGGACACUCUGUGUCCUUUUAAUACCAAUGGGCGAUGCAGAAAGGGGCAACAGUGUGAUUAUCUUCACGCCUGAUGACAAGUUAUUGCAGAUUGAAUGACUGGACUUGCUUACAACUCUUACUCAAUCUAUCUAUCUAUCUUAAGUAGGGCUGGGCUCUUUUGACUCCCCUCGCUCGCUCACUGCUCUCCCGGAGGUGGUAGGUACGUAGGCAGGUAGGUAGGUAGAUAAAAGAUCUGUUGCUUUUACUUUUGCUUAUUGGAACGGAACUAUUGUAGAUUGCAUGCUACUCUACUCUACUCAACUCAAUAGCUUUGAGAAUUUUUCGUGGUACCUUAAUGUGCCCGUUGCUUGCUUGCUUGCUUAUAUUAUUAUUAUUAUUAUUAUUAUUAUUAUUAUUAUUAUUAUUAAUUC